CACUAAUCGUUAUGUACAUGGGUAUCGUUGCCGCCUCAGUUAUGUGAGAGGUCUCUAAUUAUUGACCAGCGGUCCAUAAAUAACCCGGUCCCCUCCAUAACGAUAAAUACCACUUACUAAAUAAUAACAGUAACAAUAAUAACGCCAACAAUAAUAACAGGCGUCAGUCUCAGUGUUAGCAGGCUUAAGCAUCAGAGGGAAGCAGAGGAGGCAGUAGAGAAUCAGAGUUUCAGAGGGGCGUGCGAUGGCAAAGGGGGCCGUAUAAUGUGAGAGAGAGACCCAUCCUGUAACAGUAACUGUACAUGGGUUGGCGGUCGCUUUUUGACCGCCCGCUUUUUAUGGUCGCCUCCUCGCUCUCGAGGCCGCGGACUGUGCGUCUGGUUGGGGGGUUUUGAUGGUGGCGCUUGGGCGUGGGGGCGAGCGAUGGGCAUUGAUCUGAACCGGCGGGUGACUGCGGAGGGCCACGCGCCGCGCGCCGAGGAGGGCGCCGCGGGGACGGUGUGCCUGGAGGUGUGGCAGGCGUGCGCGGGGUCUCUGAUAUCGUUGCCGAGGAAGGGGAGCGUGGUGGUGUAUUUUGCGCAGGGCCAUUUGGAGCAGGCAGGGGCGAGCUGCGAUGGGUGGGGGUUGCCGCCUCAGGUCUUUUGCCGUGUGAUUAAUGUGAAUUUGCAUGCGGACCAGGUUAGCGAUGAGGUGUACGCGCAAGUAUCUCUGACGCCGAUACCUGAGCCUGUGGAGAAAGGCUUGCCUGAGGAAGAGGUACGAGAAGAUGGUGAAGAAGAGUUCGAGUUUGUGAGUAGGUCAGCGACUCCGCAUAUGUUUUGUAAGACACUCACUGCCUCUGAUACAAGCACUCACGGAGGCUUUUCAGUCCCACGCCGAGCAGCAGAGGACUGUUUCCCUCCUCUUGAUUAUAAACAGCAAAGGCCUUCUCAAGAGCUUGUUGCAAAAGAUUUGCAUGGCUUUGAAUGGAAGUUUCGGCAUAUUUACAGGGGUCAGCCACGCAGGCACUUGCUCACUACUGGGUGGAGUGUUUUUGUCAAUCAGAAGAAGCUGGUCGCUGGGGAUGCUGUACUUUUCUUAAGGGGCGAAAGUGGUGAGUUGAGGUUAGGGAUUCGGAGAGCGGGUCGACCAAGAGGAGGUUCUGUCCCUUCUUUGGCCCUCCUUAGCCAGAACUUAAGUGGAAGCACUUUUGCUGCAGUUUCCAAAGCUGUAUCUACAAAGAGUGUGUUUCAUGUUUCCUACAAUCCAAGGGCUAGCCCUGCGGAGUUCAUUGUACCAUAUUGGAAGUAUUACAAGAACUUCAACCAACAGUUUUCCCUUGGGAUGAGAUUUAAAAUGAAAAUUGAAACAGAAGAUGCGGCAGAGAGGAGGUGCACAGGAUUAAUAAGUGGAGUGGGUGAUAUUGAUCCAGUUAGAUGGCCUGGUUCAAAGUGGAGGUGUCUGAUGGUCAGAUGGGAUGAGGAUUCCGGGAAUGAUCGUCUGGAUCGAGUUUCUCCAUGGGAGAUCGACCUUUUGGGGUCUGUUCCAGUAUUUAGCCCUCCAGCAACUGGAUUAAAGCGACCCAGGAUCAGUCUUCCAUCAAUUCAAACUGGCUGUUCCCCUCCUGAUGGGAGCACGUUUUCAGACUUUGGGGAAUCUGUAAGAUUCCAUAAGGUCUUGCAAGGUCAAGAAAAAUCGGGUUUUAGCAAACCCUAUGACAGCUCAAGUCAUCAACUGUUGGAAUCUCGAAGAUUCAUCCCUUCAAUUAACAGUCCCAUGUCAUCUGAGUUCGUCCGAGGUGCCAUCCAAACACCACUUGGAGUUGGCCCUUUCAUUUCUAGUAGCAACAGCAUAGGCUUUGAAGAAUCUGAUAGAUUCCAUAAGGUCUUGCAAGGUCAAGAAAUUUUCCAUUUGAAAUCACAGAACAAUAGAGAGAGAAACAGUGAGCUAAGUGUUGGAACCCUUGAAGGGUACCCUAUACCAAUAACUGGGGAGAGGUGGUCCGUAUUACCACUUCAAGGGCACCCUGCCCAAUUUCCUCUCUCUCCAUCAACCCCAAGAUUUCCUACACCAUCGCUUUUGAGGUUUCACGGGUCAGGAAGUCAUUUACUCCACCCUCCUUUGGUACCGCAAGAUAUAAACAAUACUCUAAGAAUUGCGGAGCAACCGUCUGGCAAUUUCUCUUUGUUGGCCUGUGGUGAAGUAUCAAAAGGCCCAUUAAAUGAGAGCCCAUGUGAUUCUUUGAAAAAGAAAAGCCAGGCUCCCGAUGUAUGUGCACCUCCUACUGAUGCCUUUAGAGUUGAUAUUAAGGAUGGGAAAGAUGGAGCUACUAAUGCUAGAAACAGUUGCUGCAGACUCUUUGGUUUUUCCUUAACUGAGGAGCCUCCUCUCUCAAAUGAAGCAAUGGACCCUGCACAUGUCUCUCUUUCUUCGAAUGAUGACUUCAAUUCAAAGAGCUCUUUCCAGCCCUCGACUUGGACAGUGAGCUGCGAGACCCAGCAGAAACAGUCUGAGUCCAAGUCGCAGUGUUUGAAUAAAACAGCCAACCGCAGUUGCACAAAAGUCCACAAGCAGGGAAGCAUGGUGGGAAGGGCUAUCAAUCUCUCAAAGUUCGAGGGGUAUGACGAUCUAAUUAGUGAACUGGAGCGGCUAUUCAAUAUGGAGGGGCUUCUAAAUGAUCCCAAGAAGGGAUGGCAAGUUGUCUACACGGAUAGUGAUGAUGAUAUGAUGCUGGUGGGGGAUGAUCCUUGGCAGGAAUUCUGUAACAUUGUCUCAAAGAUCCUGAUAUAUACGCAUGAUGAAGUGGAAAAGAUGAUCCCUGUAGUGGUGGCAAGUGAUGAUGCUCAGAGUUGCUCGGAGGAAGCUCCCACUACCACCACUGAGGCAUCAAAGUCCUCGUGUGGUCCUCAGGAUUCUCUUCACCAGUGGUCCGAACAUGAAUCUGAUGGCCUUGCUAGAGCUGUGUAAGUGUAUGGUUGCAUUGCCAGAUGCAAGUGUUACUUGCAUGACAACUUUUAGACUUAGUUAAGUAUUGCAACCGUAUUGGGCUUGUUUCACCAUGACAUAUGUGUUUUACAAUUCGCUUUCCUCUCUAAGGUGUAGGGAGCGAUUCUGGUGGAUGUGGAUUUGUAGUUGAUCGUUUCUAUUAUGCUUAAACAAAUUUAGAUCAGAAGCUUGUGGUUGUGCUUGAACUACCAACGGUUUGUAUUGUAGAAGUGAAUGGAGAUAAUAACUCCUGGCUAUUACCGUUGUUUGCUUUA